AUGCUGGCGCGUCAUUUCGUCACCGACCCUACAGUCUCCUUUCUUCCCGACCCGACUCAUCCGAAGCGGGCGAUCAACGCGCCGACACAAUUCGCCACGUCCUCCGGUCGUCCGCGUCUGGCGGUGAUGGUGGAGGCCAAGGCUGUCGCAGAUGGCAAGGAUAAUUGGAAGAAAUCAAAAGAGGGCAAAAAAUGGAAAUGGGCUAAGUUGGGUGCAGUCUUGGUGGUGGUGGUUGCCAUAGCGAUGACAUCUAGGCACGCCCAGAAUCAGAAGUCCUGCUCAUGUUCUCAGGACUUUGUGCUUGGGGAUAGUGAUACAUUGUUUGCUGUGCAUUUUGUAUAUUUGUUUUCUGAUGAUUCUAGAAAAUAUACAGGCAUUGUUGAGGACUGCUGUUGUGAUUAUGAGACAGUUGACAGUCUUAAUGGGGCAGUAUUGUAUCCCUUACUUCAAGAUCUUGUUAAGACUCCAUUUUUCCGAUACUUUAAGGUUAAGUUGUGGUGUGAUUGUCCUUUUUGGCCCGAUGAUGGUAUGUGCAAGUUGCGGGACUGUAGUGUCUGUGAAUGCCCGGAAAAUGAAUUUCCAGAACUUUUUAAGAAGCCAAUGCCACGUGUUCUUGGAUCUAAUGAUUUAAUAUGCCAAAAAGGAAAGCCACAGGCUACUGUUGAUCGCACUCUAGAUUCAAAGGUCUUUAGGGGCUGGAUUGAAGUGGACAAUCCUUGGACUCAUGAGGAUGAGACUGAUAAUAGUGAGAUGACAUAUGUAAACCUCCUACUAAAUCCUGAACGAUAUACUGGAUAUACAGGGCCAUCAGCUCGAAGGAUAUGGGAUGCUGUGUAUUCUGAAAAUUGUCAAAAGUAUUCAUCGGGAGAGAUUUGUCAGGAGAAAAGAGUCCUGUACAAGUUAAUUUCCGGCCUGCAUUCCUCAAUUUCAAUUCACAUUGCCUCUGACUACUUGCUUGAUGAAGCUAAAAAUCUGUGGGGUAGAAAUCCAGAAUUAAUGUACAAUCGUGUUCUGAGGUAUCCUGAUCGAGUGAGGAACUUAUACUUCACUUUCAUGUUUGUUCUGCGAGCCGUAACAAAAGCUGCAAAUUACUUGGAGCAAGCCGAAUAUGAUACUGGAAACAUUAACGAGGACCUUAAAGCGCAGUCUUUAAUGCGACAGUUGCUCGACAAUCCAAAACUGCACUCUGCUUGUCCACUUCCUUUUGAUGAAGCUCAAUUGUGGCAAGGAAAAGGUGGGCCUGAGCUUAAGCUGGAGAUUCAGAAGCAGUUCAGGAACAUCAGUGCUCUAAUGGAUUGUGUUGGAUGUGAAAAAUGCCGGCUUUGGGGAAAACUUCAAGUGCUUGGCCUUGGAACUGCACUUAAGAUUCUCUUCUCAGUCGACGGUAAAAGCUAUCCAAAUGAACCUCUGGAACUGCAAAGAAAUGAAGUGAUUGCCUUGGUGAACUUGCUUAAUCGAUUGUCCGAAUCUGUCAAACUUGUAAAUGAAAUCGGCCCUUCAAUUGAGCAGAGUAUGGAAAAGUUCGCCUUAGAACCUCUAACGCCAGAUAUUAGUUUACUGCAAAGAGCAUGGGAAGCAGUAGGAAGUUUCCGCAUGAAAAAUUUCCAUGCGAAAAGACCAUUGCCUCUCAACAAGGCAAACCAGAAUACUUGGGGGGACCAGCUUUUGAUCUCUUCACAUCACAUGCCUAUUUCCUCGAAAAUUCGAAUACUUUUGUUCUGUUCCCCUUUAGAUGUUCCGUUUUUCGAUUACGUGAAACAUUUCCGGCUCAAAGAAUGCUUUCCACCAAGGGCUGCAAAUGCUCAAGUCGAGGAAUAUCUUGUCGAGAUUUUGUGGUCCCAAUUUCAAGAAAACUAUGAACUAUACACAGCUGUUGAUGAUGCUUCCAAUCACCUUCUCUUUCCAUUACCAUCCACAAAACAACUUUUCUGCAUUAAAUACGAAAAAAACAGGACACUGCUUUCGUACGAUUUUAAACUAUUCAAAAGGCAGCGGCAAGUAGCUCCUCAAAGGUUUAUCUCACUGAACAAGCGUCCACCUAUCAAAACUCUCGACACCAUUGAUGAAGAAAAGGCUUAUUCGGCAGCUUUUUCGCCAUCAUCAAGAAAAAUGAUCGAUGGGGAGGGAUAUGAUCGAGGCCAAGUCUCGCCUUUC